UUAAAAAAGAGAGACAUGGAGAACUACCGAGGCGAAGCACCUGUGGAAUCUUCUCAAGAGGAACAGUCAUUGUUGUGUGAAGGUUCAAAUUCAGCUGUUAGCAUGGAACUUUCAGAACCUAUUGUAGAAAAUGGGGAGACAGAGAUGUCCCCAGAAGAAUCAUGGGAGCACAAAGAAGAAAUAAGUGAAGCAGAGCCAGAUGGUGGUUCUUUGGGAGAUGGAAGGCCUGCAGAGGAAAGUGCCCAGGAAAUGAUGGAGGAGGAAGAGGAAAUACCAAAACCUAAAUCUGUGGUUGCGCCGCCAGGCGCUCCUAAGAAGGAACACGUAAAUGUCGUAUUCAUUGGGCACGUAGAUGCUGGCAAGUCAACCAUUGGAGGACAAAUAAUGUAUUUGACUGGAAUGGUUGACAAAAGGACACUUGAGAAAUAUGAAAGAGAAGCUAAAGAAAAAAACAGAGAAACUUGGUACUUAUCUUGGGCCUUAGACACAAACCAGGAAGAAAGAGACAAGGGUAAAACAGUAGAAGUGGGUCGUGCCUAUUUUGAAACGGAAAAGAAGCAUUUUAAAAUUCUAGAUGCCCCUGGCCACAAGAGUUUUGUCCCAAAUAUGAUUGGUGGUGCUUCUCAAGCUGAUUUGGCUGUACUGGUAAUCUCUGCCAGGAAAGGAGAGUUUGAAACUGGAUUUGAGAAAGGAGGACAGACGAGAGAACAUGCCAUGCUGGCAAAGACGGCAGGCGUCAAACACUUGAUUGUGCUCAUUAAUAAGAUGGACGACCCAACAGUGAAUUGGAGCAAUGAGAGAUAUGAAGAAUGUAAAGAGAAACUGGUGCCGUUUUUGAAAAAAGUUGGCUUUAAUCCCAAAAAGGACAUUCACUUCAUGCCAUGCUCAGGACUGACGGGAGCAAAUCUUAAGGAGCAAUCAGAUUUCUGUCCUUGGUACAUUGGAUUACCAUUUAUUCCAUAUCUGGAUAAUUUGCCAAACUUCAAUAGAUCAGUUGAUGGACCAAUCAGGCUGCCAAUUGUGGAUAAGUACAAGGAUAUGGGCACUGUGGUCCUGGGAAAGCUGGAAUCAGGAUCUAUUUGUAAAGGCCAGCAGCUUGUGAUGAUGCCAAACAAGCACAAUGUGGAAGUUCUUGGAAUCCUUUCUGAUGAUGUGGAAACCGAUUCUGUAGCCCCAGGUGAAAACCUCAAAAUCAGACUGAAAGGAAUUGAAGAAGAGGAGAUUCUUCCAGGGUUCAUACUUUGUGAUCCUAAUAAUCUUUGUCAUUCUGGUCGCACAUUUGAUGCCCAGAUAGUGAUUAUAGAGCACAAGUCCAUCAUCUGCCCAGGUUAUAAUGCGGUGCUGCAUAUCCAUACCUGUACUGAAGAAGUCGAAAUAACAGCCUUAAUCUGCUUGGUAGACAAGAAAUCAGGAGAAAAAAGUAAACGACCCCGUUUUGUGAAACAGGAUCAAGUGUGCAUUGCCCGCUUGAGGACAGCAGGAACCAUCUGCCUUGAGACCUUUAAAGACUUCCCUCAAAUGGGUCGCUUUACUUUAAGAGAUGAGGGUAAGACCAUUGCAAUUGGAAAAGUUCUGAAACUGGUUCCAGAGAAAGACUAAGCAUUUUCUUGAUGACCCUGCACAAUACUGUGAGGAAAAUUGACUGCAAAAGCCUACUUCACACCGCCUUCUCUUAUUUUCUGCCCAUUGACAAAACUCUCCCCAUAUUUUGCAAAGACAAAAUUCACAGCAAAAGUCCACAUUAUGUCAGCUUUCUCAUAUUGAGAGCUCUGCUAUGCCACUGUUGAAUUUUUCCCAAGAUUUUUUUCUUCCCCUCUCAAACUCUGCUUCCUUGGACAGAUUUGGCAAUAGCUUUGUAAGUGAUGUGGACAUAAUCGCCUACAAUAAUGAAAAACCUACCAGGAAUUUUUUUAUUUUUCAUUUCCCUUUAGGCAUACCUAGUCUUUUUCCCCCCAGGCAGAUCAUUCUGAGUGUGCGAGUGUGUGUGCACAUGUUACAAAGACAACUACCAUGUUAAUAAAAUAUUCAAUUUGAAAAAAAAAAAAAA